AUGCAACCUCUAGGCGACCCGUCCGAACGGCUACGGUCUGCCAAGGCAUGCAUUGCCUUCGUAUCUCGACAUCCUGACUUCGGUGCAAGACACACUGCACUAUCCGCCUAUGCGUGCAUCUUCACGGUUCUCCCGGAGGUUGUCUGGCUCGGAUACACUGUGGAUAGACGGUAUGAGGAGACGAUGCAGUUUGGUUCUAUCGUCAAUGAAUCGGUCGCUGCGGCUGUACGUCUGGAUUCUCCGCGACAGGCACUGGAAUGGCUAGAAGCAGGCAGAUCACUUGUCUGGUCCCAGAUCUUAUCUCUCCGCGCACCACUCGAUGGGCUACGGGAGCAAUACCCCGCGCUGGCUGACGGCUUGGACGAGAUCCUCUGCAAACUUCAGCGCUCAGUGCAUGCAUCUCGAUCUUCAGGUCGGACCUCGAGCGAUGCUACAGACAGCUCAUUGCCAUCGGUCACCGCCAACACUGCGGCGGACGAACAUCGUAUGCUUGUCAUUGAUUACAACAAGAUCUUGGCCGAUCUCCGCAAAUGCACCGGGUUCGAGAACUUCCUUCAGCCAUUGAAGUUUGAUGAUUUCGUGCCCGUGCUGGAGCACCUCGAUGGUCCUGUCGUGUUCAUCAACGCGCAUUCAUCCUCUUGCAAUGCUUUGGCCCUGUUUCCUGACGGAACCAUCGAUCAUAUCCCGCUCACGGCGUUGACGGAGGACGAGGCUCGGAGACUCGAGAAGGCAUGGAUAACUUCUCUCUCGUAUGCUAACGCUCGAGAGCGCGGAGUCGUGUCAUGGGAGAAGAUCAGGCUCGUGGAUCGCAAGAACAGCCUCGGGCACGUCUUAGCCCGUCUAUGGGAGCUCAUCGUAUGCCCCAUUCUCGAAGCUCUUAAACUCAUACGCAACAUGUCAGAGACCACGGGCCGAUUGCCGCACAUCACAUGGUGUCCCACUGGCCCGCUCACUCGGCUUCCUCUUCACGCGGCGGGUAUUUAUGACGACGCGAAAGACAACGGGCUUCAUGCCUUCGACCACGCCGUUUCGUCCUACACCCCAUCACUUUCCGCACUCCUUCGCUGCCAGCAGGGCCCAAACGAUCCAUCGCUAGAUCCCAAGGUCCUCGUCGUCACGCAGCCCGCAACGCCCAGCUAUGCACCUCUUGCCUGCACACGAGAUGAGCGGGCACGCUUGGAGACGGUCCUUCCUGACUAUGCACGUACGCUGUUGGAUCACAAAGACGCGACAGUGGAGCGCGCGCUCGAAGCGAUGUGCGAGCAUCCGUGGGUGCACCUCGCCUGCCACGGCUCGCAGAAGAUCGCAGAUCCGCUGUCAAGCUCAUUCGCGCUGUACGAUGGGCCUGUGACCUUACAAGCGUUGAUGGGCACGGUGGCGAAGAACGCAGAGCUCGCGUUCCUCUCGGCCUGCCAGACCGCCGCCGGCGACGAGAAGAACCCCGAGGAGUCCGUUCAUCUCGCAGCGGGAAUGUUGGCGGUCGGGUUCAAGGGCGUCAUUGCGACGAUGUGGUCCAUCUGGGAUAAUGACGCGCCUAUCAUCGUCGAGGCGUACUACAAGAGUCUGCUCGAGAUUAGGAAGUCGGGAACGGUAGCGCCGGGGUAUACGGGUGCGGCGUAUGCGUUGCAUGACGCGGUGAAGGUCUUGAGAGAGCAUGUUGAUGAGGAGAACUUUGUGAAAUGGGCUUCGUUCGUACACUUUGGUGUUUAA